UUAAAAUAAACAGCGCAAGCACAUAAUGCACUAUUAUGAUUAAUAGUUAAUGACAGCUGGUGAGCUUUCAUGUGCUCCUAUUUGAAGAUUUAUCAUUAGCAACAUGUAAAUUAGAAAGCUAAUGCUAACGUUAAUGUGGCUAAUGUGGGUUAAACCUGUAUAUGAAACUCCUACUUUUUUUUUUUUUUUUUUUUUUUUUUUGCGAUAUUGGUUUAAUCCAGUUUGGGAGUAAAUUUAAAAAUAACAAAGCUCUGGGAUAGAAUCGACUCUCAAUUCGCAAGACUAGCAAUCUGUGAAUCGAUUCUUCGUUUUGGGAAUCGGCUCCUAGCGUUGAUGAUACUUAAAUACCCCAUGAUAGCGUCUGCGCUUGUGUGUGAGAGUUCAGUGUUAUCACAUUUCCGCUUAUCAUAUUCAUUAUAAUGAGUCGUUUUGCUUCUCUUCUAAGGAGGACUUUUGGUGUAAUGAAAGAACAUGUCGGAACAGAUCAUUUAGGAAAUAAAUACUAUUACAUACCCGAACAGAAGACAUGGACAGGCCGGGCUGUUCGGGCUCGGCGGUUUGUGGAGGCAUCCAAUCCCUCAGAGUUUGAGUACCUCGAAGGAAGCAUUCCCUCUGAAUGGGAUGCUUGGAUUAGAGGACGACGCAAGGAUCCUCCUACUGUAGAGGAGUUGCUAAAGAAUGAACAUUACAGAGAACAAAUCAAAGUCAAAGCACAGGAGGCUGGAGAGAAGGACAGAGAACUGCAAGCCAAAGAGCUCGCAGAGGGACUAAUAACACAGCCGAUGCAGACUCAGGUCAAAGGUCACGCUGCUGCCACACAGUUCGGGCAGUCAGAAAUCAGCGAGGAGCCUGUGAGCACUGCGAACACGUUCCAGCCUGGAUCCUGGGCUCCUCCGAAAAAAUAACACUGUCUCAAAGUUUAUUGUCAGUCGGGUCCCGGACUUUCAAAGGCCAAGCGUGAAAGAACGAAACGUUAAUGUGAAUGUAAUGCUGCCGUGCUUUCAGUGGAUCUUUCCAGAUUUUAUAAAGAUCU